CUGCCAUUUUAAGGUGAACAAAGCGGAGGAGGCGGCGGCAGAUCUGCUUACGGCGGUACCCUCGGGGCGGGGGCGGGCCCCGGGCUCCGCCACCAUGUUCAGCAAGAAGCCCUACGACAGCCCCCCGAUGGGUUACGGCCCCCCCACCAGCUACGGCCCCCCCACGGGCUACGGGGCCCCCACGGGCGAUUACGGCUACGACUACGGGGCCCGCUCGCCGCCGCCGGGCUCCUACUACAUCGAGGACGUGCCGCAGCACUUCUACAAGUGGUCGUCGCCGCCGGGCGUGGUGAGGAUCCUGGAGGCCGCGGUCAUCCUGCUCUGCAUCGCCAUCUUCGCCUGCGUGGCCUCCACCCUGGCCUGGGAGUACGGCUACGGCUUCGGGGGGCUCUACGGCAACGGCCUGGGGGGUUACUACGGCUCCGGCUACUACGGCAGCGGGCUGAACUACGGGUACGGCUACGGGGGGUACUACGGCGGCGUCACCAACCCGCGGGCGGCCAACGGCUUCAUGAUCGCCAUGGCCGUGCUCUGCUUCCUGGCCCAGCUGGGGCUCUUCGUGGCCGGCGUCAGCAAGUCCAGCAGCACCCGCUCGCGCCGCUUCUACCUGGUGGUGCUGGUGGUGAGCGCGGUGCUGGCCCUGGCCAUGCUCAUCGCCUCCAUCGUCUACGUCGUGGGCGUCAACCCCCAGGCGCAGAUGACGGGCAGCUACUACUACAACCCCCUGCUGACCAUGUGCAGCCAGAUCUACAGCGGCAGCACCUACCUCAACCAGUACCUGUACCACUACUGCACCGUGGACCCCCAGGAGGCUGUGGCCAUCGUCUGCGGGUUCCUCAUCGUCAUCCUCCUCUGCCUCAUCUGCUUCUUCGCUCACAAGACGCGGAGCAAGAUCUGGAAAUACGGAAAACCAAACAUCUACUGGGACAAGGUGCCGGUGGCCCAGGAGGGUCCCAACGUGGAGGAGUGGUGCCCCCACGCCGGAGACGCUUCAGUGGAAGGACUGGAGUGGGGGGGCGACAGAGCCAGGGGUCCCAGCCUGGCUGGUCCCAUCUCCCACCGCCUCCUGCCUGAGCCUUCCGACAUCUGA